AUGAUUAUUACCCCGGUGGCCGAAUGGGUAAUGCGGCUAUCAGAUAGCGUCUUGAUGUGGAGACUCAAAAACUCAUCAUAUGCACUGCUUGUAUGUAUAUUUAACAUCCCGGAGAAAACACGGGCAGCAUCCGUGUUUCAGAAGCCUUCUGAAGGAAAAACAAAGCAAAACUGUGUUGUCUCUGGCAGUUGUACUAGCCACUAUGAUGUGCAGUCAGUCGGUUGUGUUACUUUAUGCAGUACUUUGUGUGGCUAUGCUGUUGACCUCUUAAGUUUAACGUCCCGGAGAAAACACGGGCAGCGCCCGUGUUUCAGAAGCCUCCCGAAGGGCAUGGAGACGUGCUACGCUGGAGAGAUUUCUAUGUACACAGAGAGAGAAAACAGAAUCCAGGUGGCAACUCUUGAGAAGACUCAGCUCAUUGCAAAGGAUUUUUCUGAGCUGCGCAUCCACUUCUGGCCCGACGUAUGGCCAUUCAUGGUGGGGCUAUAG